AUGUUUACUCAGCUGUACACAGUGAGCCAGGACGGGACGCUGUGUGUGUGGGAGAGCGACACCGAGCUGGACGGCCUCAUUCUGAAGAAGAGCCAGGACAAACCCAAGCUCCCGAGACAAGGGGAGGAAGAGGAAGAAGAGGAGAGCGAGGAGAGGGACAAGGUGGAGGGAGAGGAGGGAGAGGUGAUCAGAGGGAAAGUUGAAACCGCCAAAGAGAGAGAGAAGAAGAAGAAUGUUCGAUACAAGAUGAUGAGCAAACACUUUUUCAACAAAGAAGGGGAUUUUAACAACUUGACUGCUGCUGCGUACCACAAACCGAACCACAUCCUGGUCACAGGCUUCGCCUCUGGGAUAUUCCACCUGCACGAACUUCCAGAGUUUAACCUCAUUCACUCCCUGAGUAUUUCAGACCAGAGGAUUGCCUCGGUGGCUAUAAACAGCUCCGGAGACUGGAUCGGCUUUGGGUGCUCGCGGAUGGGCCAGCUGCUGGUGUGGGAGUGGCAGAGUGAGUCGUACGUGUUCAAGCAGCAGGGACACUUCAACAACAUGGCGUCGCUGGCUUACUCUCCAGACGGACAGUACAUCGUGACGGGAGGGGACGACAGCAAAGUGAAAGUGUGGAACACCAACACCGGCCUCUGCUUUGUCACAUUUACCGAACACACCAGCAGCGUCACUAACGUCACCUUCACCUCCAGCGGCUUCGUCAUCGUCAGCGCUUCUCUGGACGGGACGGUCCGAGCCUUCGACCUGCACAGAUACCGAAACUUCAGGACUUUCACGUCGCCUCGGCCUGCGCAGUUCUCCUCCCUCGCAGUAGAUGCCAGUGGGGAGCUGGUGAGCGCAGGAGCUCAGGAUUCCUUUGAGAUCUUCCUCUGGUCCAUGCAGACAGGCAGGCUGCUAGAGGUCCUGGCGGGUCACGAGGGUCCGGUGAGCUGCCUCUGUUUCAGUCCGGUUCAGUCCGUCCUGGCCAGCUGCUCGUGGGACCGAACCGUUCGGCUGUGGGACAUGCUGGACAGCUGGCAGACCAAGGAAACGCUUCCCCUCACAUCUGAUGGCUUGGCAGUGACGUACCGCCCCGACGGUCAGGAGUUGGCUGUGGCCACUCUGAACGGUGAGAUCUCUUUCUGGAACCCGCACACGGCCACACAAAACGGCUCCGUUGCUGGACGACACGACCUGCAGACAGGCCGCAAGGAGACGGAUAAAAUCACAGCCAAGCAGUCCGCCAAGGGCAAGUCGUUUACAUCACUGUGUUACUCUGCGGACGGGGAGUCUGUUUUGGCUGGGGGUCAGGCCAAGUUUGUCUGCAUCUACAACAUCAAGGAGCAGAUGCUCAUAAAGAAGUUUGAAAUCUCCUGCAACCUGUCCUUCGACGCUAUGGAGGAGUUCCUGGACAGGAGGAAGAUGACAGAGUUCGGCAGUCUGGCUCUGGUGGAUGAAGGAGCCGGGGACGGAGACGGAGUCAGCAUCAGCCUCCCUGGAGUCAGGAGAGGUGACAUGAGUUCUCGUCACUUCAAACCUGAGAUCAGAGUGAGCUCGCUGCGGUUCUCCCCUACUGGUCGCAGUUGGGCGGCCACCACCACUGAGGGCCUGCUGGUCUACUCCCUUGACGGGUCACUGGUCUUCGACCCGUACGACCUGGACCUAGACGUGACACCGGCCAGCAUACGCAAACAGCUGCGCCUUCAGGAGUGGGCGUCGGCCAUAGUCCUGGCGUUCAGACUGAACGAAAAAGCCCUCAAGCAGGAAGUGUUGGAGAAGGUCCCACAUGAGCAGAUCUCGGUGGUUUGCGGCUCUCUUCCUGACAUUUAUGUCGAGAAGCUGCUGGGUUUCAUCGCCACGUGUUUGGAGAAGUCGGGCCACUUGCAGUUCUAUAUGACCUGGGCCCAGAACCUGCUCAUGCUGCACGGACAGAAACUGAAGAACAGGUCUGGAGCCAUCCUGCCCACGCUGCAGGCGCUACAGAAGAGCAUCCAGAGGCACUUCGACGACCUCUCCAAGCUCUGCGACUUCAACAUGUACAACAUCCGCUAUGCCGUGGCCCUCUCAAAGCAAAGAGGCUUAAAGAGGGCGGCUGAGGAGGAGACAGAGGACCAGGAGGAGGAGGAUGAAGAGCUGUCUGAGGAGAUGAGCGAGGCUUCUUUAGAGGAUGCAGAAAUGAUGCUGUAGGGCCACCUCAGUGCCACAGCAUGACACAUGUUGAACUGUAAAAGAAAAACAGAUUUUUGUGUACUUGGAUGUGAUGUUUUAGAGUUCUUUUAUAAUUAAAUUCAUAUAUAACUGUG